AUGAAUGCUCUCCCUGCUGCAGGAGUGAGUGAUUUCCAGACUGUAGGUAUAGCCGUCAACGAGCCGCUGCUAAACAUCGCAACUACAGUGGCCGGCCUGGCUCCAGUGCUGGCAAUAGCCAGCGUCGCGUUCCUUAUUCUCGCUCUCGUCAACCGUAUUCGAGCCUACCGGCGCCUCGCCCACAUCCCAGGGCCCCGCCUUGCCGGCUUCUCCAGACUCUGGAUGGUGCGCGCCAACAUCUCCGGCCGCAACCACGAAUACCUCGCAGAGGUGACAGCCAAGUACGGCUCCCUCGCGCGCAUCGGACCCAACCACCUCCUCACCAGCGAUGAAGACCUCAUCCGGCGCAUCAACGCGCCUAGAUCGCUCUACAGACGUUCUGGAUGGUACAGCACGUUCAGGUUCAAGCCUCGGGCGGACAGUCUCAUCAGCGAAGUAAACGAGGAGAAGCAUGACGAGUUGAGAAGGAAGAUGGCGCCGGGGUAUUCGGGGAAGGAGGUGCCGUAUCUGGAGAAUUACGUCGACAAGCAUAUCGGGAAGUGGGUGGAGGUGAUUCGGCAGCGAUAUGUAUCCACUGGGAGAGAGCUGAAGCCUAUGGAUCUUGGGCGAGCUGCGCAAUACUUUACCUUGGAUGUGAUAUCGGAUUUAGCGUUCAACCGGCCCUUUGGUGAUCUGGAGGCUGAUGCGGAUAAGUUCGACUAUAUCAAGGUGACGGCGGAUGCGAUGGGUGUCAUGAUGCUGCUUACUAUCUUCCCGGGAGUGCAUCGGUGGAUUGAGGCGAGCUACCUGGUGGACCUGGUUGCGCCUUCGGCGAAGGACAAAACGGGUCUUGGGCGAGUUGUCGGCGUCGCGCAGCAGGAGAUAGCGCCGCGAUAUAACGAUCUAGAUCAGAAGGACAGCCAAGACAUGCUUGGAUCGUUCAUACGCCAUGGUCUGACGCAGGAGGAGGCAGAGUCGAAUAGCGUUCUUCAAAUGUCCGUCGAGCUCCAUCUACUUCCAGAAGCACCAGCUGACAGUACUAUUCAUAGCAUGGCUGGAUCAGACACAUCGGCCACCGUGAUCCGUGCCCUCUUCCUAUAUCUGAUCACAUCGCCUCUUGUGCUUGCCAAGUUGCGCUCGGAGAUCGACGAUGCCAUCAGAGACGGGCGCAUCUCGUCUCCCAUUCGUGAUUCGGAGGCCCGGCAGUUGCCUUACCUCCAAGCUUGUAUCAGGGAAGCCCUCCGGAUCCAUCCUCCAGUCACUGGGAUUUUAGAGAAGGUCGUGCCGCCCGAGGGCGAUACUGUCAAUGGGGUAUUCAUACCAGGCGGUACAUUCAUAGGGCAAUGCACAUGGGCCUUCGGACGAAACGUCGACAUAUACGGCUCUGACGUAGAGCUUUUCCGUCCAGAACGCUGGCUCGAGGCCCAGGGAGAGGAGCUGCGACGUAUGGAGCGCAAUGUAGAUCUUGUCUUCAGCAGUGGACGGUUUCAGUGUUUGGGAAAACCGGUCGCGUUGUUGGAGUUGAAUAAGGUCUUUGUUGAGUUACUGCGGAGGUUUGACAUCUCCGUCAUCAAUCCGUACAAGCCGUUGGUAUCGGACAACAGGGGCCUAUUCCUGCAGAAAGACUUUUGGGUACGAAUUACAGAACGUGAAGACAGACUGUAA